AUGGAUAUUAUAUCGACUCCAUUCGAAUUCGAUUCAGAGAAUUCUGUUUCUGAUUUCGGUUUAAAACCUGAACCGGAGCUUCAAUCGCAAUCGAACCGAAAACCGCCGUUGAAGAUCUCACUUCCAACCAAAACCGAAUGGAUCCAAUUCGCCGAUAAACCGGAAGUUACUAAACCGGUAUCGGAAGAGAAGAGGCAUUACAGAGGAGUGAGACAGAGACCGUGGGGAAAAUUCGCGGCGGAGAUUCGUGACCCGAACAAACGCGGAUCUCGAAUUUGGCUCGGGACGUUUGAUACAGCGAUUGAAGCGGCUAGAGCUUAUGACGAAGCUGCGUUUAGACUCCGAGGUUCGAAAGCGAUUCUGAAUUUCCCGCUCGAAGUCGGGAAGUGGAAACCACGCGCCGACGACGGCGGCGAGAAGAAGCGGAAGAGAAAGGAAAGUGACGAUGAGAAAGUGACUGUGGUGGAGAAAGUAUUGAAGAAGACGGAACAGAACGUUAAUGUUAACGGUGAAGAGACUUUCCCGUCAAAUUUAACGGAGAUAUACGACUGGGACUUAACGGGGUUUCUUAACUUUCCGCUUUUGUCGCCGUUAUCUCCUCACCCAUCAAAUACGUAA